GCUGUGGAGGCCCAGUCACAGCACCAUCAGGGGAGAUCCAUUCUCCUUUGUAUCCCAGCAGCUAUCCAAACAAUGUGGAUUGUUCCUGGGUUAUCAGUGUGGACUCCAACCACCGUGUUUUCUUCAACUUCUCUGACCUGGAUAUUGAGAAUCAUAGCAACUGCUCCUGGGACUAUGUGGCUAUCUAUGAUGGUCCAACCAUAUCUUCUCCUCUGCUUGCCCAUGUGUGUGGCACCAGUCUUCCACCCUCCAUCACCUCCACCCAGAACGCAAUCUACGUUCGCUUUAGGUCUGACUCCAGUCGCAGUCACCGUGGAUUCAGUGCUCAUUUCUCUGCAGCUUGUGGUGCAACUAUUAUAACAGACGAUAAUGGGGGAGCCAUUGCAUCACCACGUUACCCAGCACCAUACCCACCCAACCAGAAUUGUAGUUGGAUUAUCAAAGCACAGGAACCUUUCAACCAUGUGACGCUGUCAUUUACUGACUUUGAGUUAGAGAUGGUCUUUUCCAACUGCUCCCAUGAUGCUGUGAAGAUCUUGGAUGGUGACAACUACCAGGCACCUUCCAUAGGGUGCUACUGUGGCACUGAAAUUCCUCACCCAGUGACAUCGUACAGUAACUCUUUGGUGGUCAACUUCAUCUCCGACCACUCCAUCUCCAAAAAAGGAUUCAGAGCAACCUACUCAGCAUCUACCUCUAGUUGUGGAGGGGAUCUGGUGAUGGAGAGAGGUGCAUUCAACAGUCCUAACUACCCAGAUGCUUAUCCACCUAAUGUGGAGUGUGUGUGGACCAUCAGAAGCUCACCAGGAAACCGUCUUCAGCUCUCAUUUAUUGUCUUUCACCUGCAGGGAGGCUCUGGUUGUCAAAAUGAUUACCUGGAAGUCAGAGAGGGAAACUCCACUGGGCCUCUGGUUGGGUCUUUCUGUGGUAACUCACUCCCCUCCAACUACACCUCUGUAAUUGGUCACAUCCUGUGGAUUAAGUUUGUCUCAGAUGCAUCAAUUAGCGGAGCAGGAUUCAGAGCCACCUUCGCACACUUGUAUGGUAAUGAUGUGAUGGGGGAGUUUGGUCAGAUAGCAUCCCCACUUUAUCCCAGAUUGUACCCCAAUAAUGCCCACUACCACUGGACCAUAACUGUAGAGGGAGACCGCUACAUCCAGAUACGCUUCUUGGACAUAGACAUCGAGGACCUGUAUAACUGCUACUACGACCAACUCAAAAUAUUUGAUGGCCCGAGUGUUCAUUACUAUCCAAUUGGGACAUUCUGUGGUCUGGCACUGCCUGCUCCCUUAAGAAGUUCUAGAAGCACUAUCACCCUGCAAUUCCAGUCGGAUUCAGUGGUGGGAGGACGAGGCUUCCUUGUGGAAUGGACUGCUGUCCAGGAUUCUGGCCCACCACCCACUAUUACCCCAGGUGCCUGUGGUGGAAUGCUAAUAACAGGGGAGACUCCUAGUUUCCUCUAUUCUCCUGGCUGGCCUGAAAACUACCCUCCUAAUCAGGAGUGUACCUGGUUGAUACAUUCUCCAGACUCAACUGUAGAGUUUAACCUCCUGUUUAUGGACAUAGAGGAGUACCCUAUGUGCUACUUUGAUAGCCUUAUCAUCAGAGACGGUUCAACCAGUCUCUCCCCUGUGCUGGCUAAUAUAUGUGGUCGGGAUCCUCCAGGCACUUUCCACUCAACAGGAGACUCCAUGUUCAUUCACUUCUCCUCAGACAAUAGCGUUAGUGGCCGAGGCUUUAACGCUUCCUACUCCAGAGGUUGUGGUGGCCUGCUGCAUGUAGACAGGGGUGUGCUGAGCAGUCCUUACUACCCCCAUAACUACCUGCCUGAUCUAAGCUGUAGCUGGCAUGUGAUGGUCACACCUGGCUUUAGGAUUUCUGUCACUUUCCAGAGCCCCUUCCAGAUUCAAGGCUAUGGAACUGGAUGCAGCUCAGGAGACUUCCUUGAGCUCAGGAAUGGCCCGGAUGGUUCAUCUCCACCACUGGGGGGUCGUCUUUGUGGUUCAACUCCACCAUCCGUCCUCCAGACUACUGAUAACCACCUAUUUAUUCUCUUUACAUCUGAUGCCACUAAUGAGGCCAGCGGCUUUAAGCUGACCUUUGAAGCCCACAGUCAAGCAUGUGGAGGUUUCAUUGGGCUGGAUGAUAAUAAUCCUCCAGGGUAUAUCACUUCACCUAACUAUCCUCAAAAUUACCCCCAAAAUAUUGACUGUAUCUGGGUCAUAAGUGUGCCCAAUGGAGAAGCUGUCCAAAUUGACUUUGAGGAUGAAUUCUACAUUGAGCCUGCUGACAGCUGUGUGCACGACUACUUGGAACUGCGUGAUGGCUCAACUUCCAAUGCUGGCUUAAUUUCCCUGCUCUGUGGCAACACCCGACCAUCUACCCAACAUUCAACAAGUUCCUCCAUGCUACUUAGAUUUCGUACUGACAAUAGCGUCACACACAAAGGCUUCAAGGCAAAGUACUCCAUAGGAUCAUGUGGAGGUACCUACAUAGGUCAGAAGGGAACAAUAGACAGCCCUGGCUUCCCAGAAUCCAACUAUCCUGACAGCUCUAACUGUGAAUGGUACCUGGAGGGACCCACAGGGCACUACCUCACUCUUAGCUAUGGCAACUUCAGUCUUCAGACCACUUUACAAUGUACUGCUGACUAUGUGGAGAUCAGAGAGUACAAUGCCUCAGGACGGCUACUAGGCCGACACUGCGGCAGUACACUUCCAGCUUCCAUGGACACCUCUGACAGUUUUGCCUAUGUCAAGUUUGUCAGUGACCCCAAUGGAAAUGCAGCUGGCUUCAGCCUGUCAUUUGAAGCCAGUGUUGAAGUCUGUGGAGGAGUGCUGAAUGCUCCCUCAGGAACUAUCUCCUCUCCCAAUUACCCCAACUUGUACCCACACAGCCGGGUGUGUCGCUGGGAGCUCAUGGUGUCACCAGGCCGCCGGGUAACACUCACCAUCAAUGAUCUGCGGCUAGAAGAUUCUGGUACCUGUGUAUUUGACUACAUUGAUAUCCUGAACGGGUUGGCGGGUGAUGCCCCUCUCCUUCAGCGAUUCUGUGGUACAGUACCAGCAGGCACCCAGGUGCGCUCCUCCAGCAACACCAUGGCCAUUGUGUUUCGCACUGAUACUUCUGUGUCAAAUGGUGGUUUUAUAGCUUCUUACUCCUCUGAGGAGCCUGCAGAAUGUGGUGGAGUCCUGAACAACCCAGCUGGUGGGAACAUUACUUCCCCUGGGUACCUAGUGUCCAACUACAGUAACAACCUCAACUGUGAGUGGCUCAUCCAGAACCCACAACACAUCAAUUCCUCUAUUGUGGUGUUGAUAGAAGACAUGCACCUGGAGAACCACCAGACCUGUGAGUCAGACUACCUCCAGUUUCGAUUAGGUAACUCCGAUGGGGAGCUUUUGGCCAAAUUUUGCGGGCAGACCAUCCCCAGAAUUCCCAUUGUGGUCUUUACCCCAGAGCUGUGGGUCCAUUUCCAGACUGACGCUUCUCAGGGAGACCUGGGUUUUAAGGCCAAGUACUUGUUUUCUGAGUGUGGAGGCUUGCAGACAGGUGAGGGAGGUGUGCUAUCCAGUCCUAACUACCCCAACAUCUACCCCAGCCCAAGUCGCUGUGCUUGGCUACUAGAAGCACUAGUGGGCCACACUAUUACACUAACUUUCAGUUACUUCAACCUGGAACCCCACUCUAGUUGUGGUUGGGACUCCGUCACCAUCUUCAAUGGAGGAUCCCCUGGCUCCCCUGUUAUUGGACAGUACUGUGGGACCACUUCCCCAGGAAUCAUCCAGUCAGGAUCAAGCAAGCUUGCUGUAGUCUUCCUGGCUGACCAUAGUGUGUCAAGAGGAGGUUUUAUGGCCUCAUGGUCUGCUGAUUCUUCAGGCUGUGGAGGGGUCAUCCAUGCUGAUACAGGAACAAUCAAGUCUCCAAACUAUCCCCAGAACUUCCCACCCAAUGUGGAGUGUUCCUGGCAGAUCAUUGCCCAUGAGGGAAACCACCUUGAGAUGAACUUUAACAGUGAUUUCCAGAUUCCAGACAACACUGGUACCUGCCAAAGCAGCUAUAUUAAGGUGUGGUCAGGUCAAAUCCAAAAUGCAGAGGCUCUGAUGUUAGCAGACUGUGGCUCAGUGGCCCCAGGCCCCAUCAUUGCUCCAUAUAACAUCAUCACAAGCCGAUUUCAGAGCACUGAAGUCCAGGGAAGAGGUUUCUCAGCCUCCUUCAGCACAAGGUGUGGUGCAAACUUCACAGUUUCCAGCGGCCGUGUGGUUUCUCCAAAUUAUCCAGCCAACUACCCAGACUAUUCCAACUGCAACUACACCAUAGAUGUUGGAGACCAGACUGUGGUUGUCCUCACCUUUCAGGUCUUUCAAAUGGAAGAACACUCUACCUGUCAGUAUGAUGGGCUGAAGAUAUAUAACCUGGCUACUGGUGGCCCUGCUAUUGCUACUCUGUGUGGUACCAGUGUCCCAGGGCCUUUUUCUACCUUUGGCCCUAUGUUGAUUCACUUCUACUCUGACUCUGUGAUCACCGACAGUGGCUUCAUGGCAGAAUACAGAGCUAUUCCAUGUGGCGGUUUCUUCAACAGCACUAUGGGUACCGUGAGCAGUCCUGCACUCUCCAUGACCAACUAUCACCACAACAUUAACUGUACCUACCAUAUUAUAGUCCAAGCAGACAGAGUGGUGGAUCUCAAGUUUAACACCUUCCACCUGGAGGCAUCGUCUUCCUGUCGCUAUGAUUAUGUAGCAGUGUACGAUGGACAGGACACAUUGGCACCUUUGAUGGGCAAAUUCUGUGGUGCAGUGCUCCCACCUAAUCUGCGCUCCUCCACUAACCAGCUGUUCAUCAUCUUUAGGACAGACGCCUCGGUAAAUGGGAUCGGCUGGCGGGCUACCUACACUGAAACACUUGGCCCAGCACAGGGAUGCGGUGGCUACCUUUCCAUGCCAAUGGGCUUCUUUGGAUCUCCAGAUCCAAACCUGGAUGGUCGCUAUGAGCCCAGGAUGGACUGUCUAUGGAUCAUUGACAUGCCGGUGAACAGGGCUGUCAACCUGACCUUCAACUCCUUUGAGCUUGAAAGUUCUUCUACUUGCCGCUAUGACUUUGUCAAGGUGUUUGAUGGUGACAAUAUCCAUUUUCCUCUGGUUGGGACAUUUUGUGGAAACUCUAUCCCUUCUUAUUUUGUAUCAAGUGGAAAUUUACUGACUAUCCAGUUUGUCACUGAUAGCUCAGUAGAGAGACAAGGCUUUAAUGCUACCUACAGAUCUGUGCCAUUGGUUUGCGGUGGAACUUUAAAUGCCACAACUACCAUUCAGACCCUCACAUCACCCUCCUUCCCUGGUGCCUAUCCUCCUUACACCUCUUGCCGCUGGAUCGUGGAUGCUGCAGCCCAGGAAACCAUCCGAGUAUCAGUCCAGACCUUUGUCCUUCAGCCCAGCCAGAGCUGCUCCACAAACUACCUGGAGAUGAAGGACUGGCCUAUGGGAGACUAUGGGCAGUCACAUAAGUUCUGUGCAUCAGAUGGUAAUCCACUAGACUUCUACAGCGACAGCAGAACAAUCCUCGUGCACUUCAGAUCUGACUCCUACAUGACAGGAAAUGGCCUGAGUUUCACCUAUCAGAUUGCCAGCUGUAGUAGAACCUAUGAACAGGAUUAUGGCUUCCUGAAGAGUCCAGGCUGGCCUGACAUCUACCCCCACAACAUGGACUGCACCAUCAUCCUGAAGGCACCGCAAAACAGCUACAUCUCCUUCUUCUUUAACAAUUUCGACAUGGAGAGCCAUAGCAACUGUGAAUUUGACUACCUGGAGAUUCGUAAUGGCAGUACAGCAAACUCACCACUAAUUGGUCGGUUUUGCGGCAGCACCCUGCCCAGCCCCAUCUUUCCACAAUCUAAUCAGCUCUACCUACGCUUUAAGAGUGACUUCUCCCACGCCCGAGAUGGCUUUGAGGCUACAUGGACAUCCUCCCCUCACGGUUGCGGUGGCACUCUGUAUGGAGACCAUGGCUCAUUCUCAAGCCCCAGCUACCCAGCUACCUAUCCUAAUGGUACCCACUGUGAAUGGAGCAUUAUGGCACCCAGAGGUCGUGUGGUGACCAUCACUUUUGCCCAGAUCAGUAUUGAUGACCCUGGAGAUUGCCAGAACAACUUCUUAAAGUUGUAUGAUGGCCCAGACACCUCCUCACAGCCUGUUGGACCUUUCUGUGGAGUUGAAACGAGUAUUGCUCCAUUUACAGCCUCCUCCCAUCAAGUCUGCAUUGUUUUCCAAGCCCAAUAUGCCACCCUGCCUUCUGGGUUCAGACUCACCUGGAGUAGCUGAUAUGCCCGUCCUCUCUCUCACACACAUACACAGACUAAUUCCUAAUCAUGUUUUACCUUAUAUGCAUUUAUGUUUUAAUUAAACAAGUAUAAAUAAUAAAUGUAUACUGUUUAUAUUCUAUAAUAAAUACA